AUGGCCUGGCGCUCGUCUGGUUCGACUAAUGCCUCCCUAAUCGCCAACCUCGAAACAAACGGCCUCAUCGAAACUCCCCGGGUCAAAGCUGCCAUGCUGCAGAUCGACCGCGCACACUACGCCCCGCGCAAUCCCUACGACGACCGCCCGCAGCCCAUAGGCUACAGCGCCACAAUCUCCGCCCCGCACAUGCACGCCAACGCCUGCGAGUCCCUGCUCGAGCGCCUGCCGCCGGGCGCCGCUGUCCUCGAUAUCGGGUGUGGCUCGGGCUAUCUGACGGCGGUGCUGGCGACGCUGGUCGGUCCAAGCGGGUCUGUCAUCGGCAUCGAUCAUAUACAGCCGCUGGUUGAUAUGGCGCGCGCCAAUAUGGCGAAGUCGGAAGACGGCCGUAGGAUGCUGGACGAGGGGCAGGUGAAGUUUGUCACGGGCGAUGGGCGUAAAGGCUGGCCAGAGGGCGCUCCGUAUGAUGCGAUUCAUGUCGGGGCUGCGGCGGCCGAGCAUCACCAGGAGCUGACACAGCAGCUGAAGGCGCCGGGGCGUUUAUUCGUGCCUGUGGCGGACGGCGGGCGGCAGCACAUCUGGGUUGUUGAUAAGAAGGAGGAUGGCACCGUGGAGCAGAAGAGGUUGUAUGGCGUGCAGUACGUUCCGCUGACUGAUGCGCCGGAGUCGAAUGAGGGAGGGUAG